CUCAGCUUAGCCCGGCUUUGAUUAGGUCCUGUCGGUCCCUGUCUGGGACAGAACUGUGCUUUGACAUCGUCGUCUACAGCGGUGUGUGUGUGUAAGGGGGGAGGGGUGGUACAAAGGAAUUGGGGUGCAAGGUUGCGGGUUUCGCUCGCUGUUGGUGACAGCGCGCCUGCGCGGAGCUAGAAGGCCCUUGGUAGGCAGGGCUAGGAAGAAUGGAUUUGGGGUUGUGGAAUGUCAGAUCUGCCCUUGAUCUUUCUUAACCUCCUUCGGGUAUCUCUACUAAUUUCGGGCACUGUGUAGGUCACGGCUCAUUCCCUGCUUUACUUUUUUAUGAGUCACUAUGGAAUCUACUGAGUGAAUGUUGAAGAAUUCUCCCUUUAACUCAUUAAUCCUCCCGAAUCUCACCUUAUCCCCAGCAAUAUGUGUGUGUCCCCUUCACUGUCUGGACAAUAUGUGGAUAUCCCUUGAUAGGACCCAUUUAUCAUUUUAAUAGUGGUGAUACACCACUACUUUCCUUUUACUCAUCUCUUAUUUACCCAUCAUUACAGUCCUGGGUAUAGGGAUUCCCGCAGAACACCAAUACAAUUCCCCUUUUCCCCAAACCAAGGGCAGUUCUGAAUAUCCUUUGUUUAUUCCCCAUCACUCUGACUCCUCCAGUGUCUGAUAACGCCCCUCCCCCACACCCUUUCUCUGAUAUAAAGUUUCCACAACCUGUGCUUGUCCAUCAUGUGCCAUAUACCCCCUUGUGUCGUGUGUACAAAUUGUCUUCCAGGUCAGCAAGUGCUGCCUACCAUUGUGUGCUUACCCUCCCUUCCCCUUGUAGUGAAUCUGAGCCCUUGACACGGAAGUGUACCGUACUAGGUGUGACUCAAAGCCUGAAGACUGAAUUUUGGCCUCUGCCACUUAGCUUCCAGACUACCUUUAUGGUUUCUCUGAGUUCCUCUGUCUUCUAGGAGCCUCAUGGCACCAGCCCAGUCUCACCUCAACCCAUCUUGACAAAGUCUAAGGCUCCAUGGAGCCUGCACGGAGCCUCCCUGCCAAUGAGGCUGAGCCAACCCGGACAGUGGGCACUGUCAAAGUAUACUUACCUAACAAGCAACGCACGGUGGUAACUGUCCGGGAUGGCAUGAGUGUCUACAACUCUUUAGACAAGGCCCUCAAGGUGAGGGGUCUCAAUCAAGAUUGCUGUGUGGUUUACCGACUCAUCAAGGGGCGAAAGACAGUCACUGCCUGGGACACAGCCAUUGCCCCUUUGGAUGGUGAAGAGCUCAUUGUGGAGGUUCUCGAAGAUGUGCCACUGACCAUGCACAAUUUUGUACGAAAGACGUUCUUUAGUUUGGCUUUCUGUGACUUCUGUCUUAAGUUUCUGUUCCAUGGUUUCCGCUGCCAAACAUGUGGCUACAAGUUCCACCAACAUUGUUCCUCCAAAGUGCCCACAGUCUGUGUCGAUAUGAGUACCAACCGCCAACAGUUCUACCACAGUGUCCAGGAUUUGUCUGGAGGGACCAGACACCAUGAGGCGCCUUUGAAUCACCCCUUGAAGGAGCCACUAACCCGUCAGAGUUCCAGCUCCUUCACCCAGAACUGCAGCCCCAAGCACUUCCCCUUCCCUGCCCCAGCCAGUGCCCCCCUCCAGCGCAUCCGUUCCACAUCCACCCCCAACGUCCAUAUGGUUAGCACAACAGCCCCCAUGGACUCUAACCUCCUCCAGUUCACUGCCCAGAAUUUCAGCACUGAAUCUGUUGGUGGUAGAUGUGGAGGUGAUGGAGCCGCUUGGGUGAGUCCCAGCCUAGCCAGUGUGUCCUCAGGGAGGAAGUCUCCACAUUCCAAAUCCCCAUCAGAGCAGCGGGAGCGGAAGUCCUUGGCUGAUGAGAAGAAGAAAGUGAAGAACCUGGGGUACCGGGACUCGGGCUAUUACUGGGAGGUGCCACCCAGUGAGGUGCAGCUGCUGAAGAGGAUUGGGACAGGCUCAUUUGGCACGGUGUUUCAUGGGCGGUGGCAUGGUGAUGUGGCUGUGAAGGUGCUCAAGGUAAUGACUGCAUAUCUUGCUAGUUUCCUCCAUUCCCUGACACUGCCCUUCCCUGCCUGCAGGAAAACUCGACAUGUCAACAUCUUGCUGUUCAUGGGCUUCAUGACCCGGCCAGGAUUUGCCAUUAUUACACAAUGGUGUGAAGGUUCCAGUCUCUACCACCACCUGCAUGUUGCCGACACACGCUUUGACAUGGUCCAGCUUAUUGAUGUAGCCCGGCAGACUGCCCAGGGCAUGGACUACCUCCAUGCCAAGAACAUCAUCCACCGAGAUCUCAAGUCUAAUAAUAUCUUCUUACAUGAGGGGCUCACAGUGAAGAUUGGUGACUUUGGCCUGGCCACGGUGAAGACACGAUGGAGUGGGGCACAGCCCUUGGAGCAGCCCUCAGGCUCAGUGCUUUGGAUGGCAGCUGAGGUGAUUCGAAUGCAGGACCCAAACCCAUACAGCUUCCAGUCAGAUGUCUAUGCCUACGGGGUUGUACUCUAUGAGCUGAUGACAAGUUCACUGCCUUAUAGCCACAUUGGCAGUCGUGACCAGAUUAUCUUUAUGGUUGGCCGUGGCUAUCUGUCCCCGGACCUCAGCAAAGUUUCCAGCAACUGCCCCAAAGCCAUGCGGCGCCUGCUAUCUGAUUGUCUCAAGUUCAAGAGGGAAGAACGGCCUCUCUUCCCCCAGAUCCUGGCCACGAUUGAGCUGCUUCAGCGAUCACUCCCCAAGAUUGAGCGGAGUGCCUCCGAACCCUCCUUGCACCGCACCCAGGCUGAUGAGUUGCCUGCCUGCCUACUCAGCGCAGCCCGCCCAGUACCUUAGGCUUUGCUCCAAGCCACCACGGAGCAAUCUUAGCCUGCCAUGCCAAGGAGACCUUCCCACCAACCAAUUAGUGCCCCCUCUCAGCUCAGAAUUGCCUCAAUCCCUCAUCCCUACCCUGACGGAUGAGAGAGUCCUCAAGUUCUUUUUCAGUUGCUCUGGAAUAGGGAUCCCCAAAGAUAGCUCUGUUGUCUCAAUUGUUUGGUUUCCUCUUGACUUUGGUGAUAUUUUAAAUUUGGGAGCUAUUCCAUAAUCAAUGACUGGGAUUUGUGAGUAGAAUUCAACUGAACCAUUUUGGACAUUGUACCAGAAAAGUGCCUUCUACUGGAUUUCAGGGUCCCCACAACCUGUGUGGAAAUGGGGACCAUUUGUGUCUUACCAAAGACCACCCUUUCUUUAAAAAGCACAGAAUUC